CAAGAAUUUCAUUCAAUUUCUCCCACCACCAAUCCUUUAUGAUUCUUCCUUUUCAUAAAAACAACCACAACCCAAUCAGAAUUUUGAUUCCCACCCAAGAUUGGCCUUCACUUUUCACCCACAGGGCAUCUUUGUUUUUUCUCCUAUUAAUCUUGGCUCUCUCCUCCUCCUUCCCCAUUGAAGCCAUGAAGGUCCAUCCAAUCCCCAAGAGGCGCAACAUCUCCAUCCAGUACCAUUCAAGAAGCCCACUCUCUGAAGCCCAGGCCCUCCUCGGUCUCACCCACAAGAAGCUCCGCCGCCUCCCCCAUGUCUUCAGCUGCGUCCUCGAGCUCCCUUUCCGCUCCGACGCCGACGUCCUCAUCGAGGAGAACCCCGACUGCUUCCACUUCGUCGUCGAAACCGAGAGCUUCGGCCACGACGUCAGGACCCACACCGUCAAAAUCCACCCCGGGGUGACCAAGAUUGUCGUCAGGGAAAGAGGGUCCGUGGCGGAGCUGACGUUGGACGAGCUGGAGCUGGACAUGUGGAGGUUCCGCCUGCCGGAGUCGACCCGGACGGAGCUGGCCAGGGCGGUUUUUGUCGACGGGGAGCUCAUUGUGACGGUGCAGAAGAUGGAGGGGAUGGAGAAUUCGGAGGGCGGAGAUGGUGGGGAGGUUUGGGGCGGUGGUGGUGGGAAUGGGAAUGGGGGUUCAGAGGAGGUAUGGGAAAUCGGCUUGUGCUUGUACAUUUCAGCUGCAAAUCUGGGUUUUCAGAUUUUGAUAUUUUGGGGCUGAGAUCGUCGAUACCAUCGAGAGAGGGACUGAGGGAGUGAGGGAGGCUAGGUUGAUUUAGACGACUGGUGUGACUCGUGUGAGUAUUUUAGACUUUUAGGUUGUUUAUCUUUUAUUAUUUAAUAUUUAACAUAUUAUUAUAACACCCAAUUAU